AUGACCUGGGUGACGUCAGAGGUCGAUAAGAGCCCCGCUCACCCAGCACUAGUUCCUUUUCUACAUUCUCGCAUCGGCGAAGGUCGUAUUACCGUGUUUGUACCGCGCUCGCCGGAAGCCUCGAAACCGGCUUGGUUGGAGCUACGUGGAUUACGUCCUCCAGAGGCUGCGAGCUGCGGCUGGACUUUCUUCACGUUCUGGAUUAUCUUCAGUUGCAUAUUUUCUACUCGGGAACAAGCUCUCAGCCACACCACGCUGCUGUUGGACCAUGUGAAGCAACUAGGUCUCAAGAGGCCAUCUGCAACGAUAAGCUCCGCACCAGAACACAAAGCACAUGCCUUUACUCCAAGCUAUAGUACCUCGAGGUCUACACAAUUGUCAGCUGGAACCUUGAGAUUACAGCACUACCGGAGUAAAGGUGUUCAAGUUACUGAUGCUAUUAUAAGCAGAGAAACUAACAAAGAAGAUGCCUUCACACGGUUUUCAUCAGCAUCUAUAGAAACAGCUUCUGUUAAUGGGGUAAGACCACCAAAACGUUCUCGUGUAGAAUUGGAAGAAGAAGAUGACGAUGAUGUCUUGAGCAUGUCAGGUUCAGCCCCUCAAGAUUCAACAUAUGGAGCAAGAGAAACGGCUGCAGACCUGUCUGACGUAAUAGAAAUGGAGAAACCAUAUGACUUUGAAGAUGCAAAAUACAUUGUGUUUGAGAGCGCCCUCCGAGAACUUUUUGAGAAUUGUCCUGUCUGCAAGAAGCACUGCAUAGUGCACCAACGCAAAUGUGGAACAUUUGUGGCUUUCAGCCAGUGCUGUCCACAUUGCUCCUUUACUCGGAAGUGGCAGAGCCAACCAAUGAAAGGCAAGAUACCACAGGGCAAUCUAGAGUUAUCUGCAGCAGUGUACUUCAACGGAGGAUCAUUUAAAAAGAUUAAAAGGAUUUGCAGCACAAUGAAUCUACGGGUACAUCAAUAUUGUACCUAUAGGAAGCAUGCACAGCAAUUCUUGCAACCAGCUGUUUUCCACAAGUGGAAGGUGGACCAGCACAAGUUAUUGGAAGAAAUUAAAAGAAAGGAAAAAGUAGCUGUAAUUGGAGACAUGAGAGCUGAUUCACAAGGUGACUCUGCAAAAUUUGGCAGCUAUACGAUAAUGGAGCUUGAGGAAAGCAGGGUCCUUGACAUUCAACUUGUGCAAAGUAACGAAGUUGGCAGCAGUGUUAAUAUGGAGAAAGAAGGCCUUAAACGAUGUCUGGAUCUGCUGGAGUCCAGCUCUGUGUCAUUGGAUUAUAUUGUAACAGACAGACAUCCUCAAGUACAGAAUUAUCUAAGGGAGAGAGAGAUUUCUCACUACUAUGACGUUUGGCAUGUGGCAAAUGGUUUGUCCAAGAAACUGGAUGCUUUGGCGAAGAAAAAGGACUGUGAAAUUGUAAAGAAGUGGUUGCCAAGCAUCAAAAAUCACCUUUACUGGACAGUAUCUUCAUCAACAACUGGAGCAGAGAAAAUAGCAAAGUGGACAUCUCUGAUGAAUCACAUACAAGAUGUCCACGAGCACGACCAUCCCUUUUACCCCAAGUGUUUGCAUCCAGUCAAGGUUUCCAAGGAUCGUAACAAGUGGUUCAAACCUGGCACUUUGACAGUUAAGGUGGAGAAGAUACUUAUGAACAAGAGGAUCCUCAAAGAUGUGUGCCAACUCAGCAAAAAGCAACCAAUGCCAUCGCUUGAGUCAUUCCACAGCCUGAUUCUACGCUUUGCACCUAAGAAUGUGAAUUUCUCAUUCAUUGGAUUGCUGUGCAGGCUCUAUCUAGCUGCUUUACACCAAAAUGAGAAUGGAAAACGUGAGCAGGCCAUGGCAAAGGAAAAGCUUUUGUGGAAAUUAGGGUACCCAAAGUCCAUAAAGGGACAGACUAUUGCAAGGCCAAUCAAAACAAAUCCCACAUUUGCAUACAGGAGUGACUUGAUCCAGCUGGUUCUCAAUGAAGUACUUGCUGAUCCCAGAAAGUUCCAAAAGGAACUGGAGAAGGUGCCUGUACCUCCUACCAUCAGUUCUCUACAUGAGGGGCCUUCAAAGAAGCAUGUUGUGGCCGUUCAGACUUAAUCCAGUGAUGUCUAGGAGUCAACAUGGGGUCGGGGAAACUUCUCUUUUAUCUGACAGACCGCGGUGAUGGAAUAACCCCUCGUACUCUUGUUCCAAGCAAUCCCCACCACCAAUUCACAAAACCUCAAUAUGCCACAAAUUCUAUGUAAAUAUGAUCAAAAAUAAAAAUUGUAAUAAAUAUGUGUUCAUUUUACGACUGUAAUUCUUUAGUUACAUGCUCUUCACCUGUUCUUUUCGGGACUGAUCCAUAGUUACCUAUGUAGAUGUUGCUGAUAUUUUGCAAAACGUAAUGGUUGAAAUCCAGGAUGGUCUGUUCAGUGUUACCCAUUUGGGCUAUUUUCAAAGACAAGCGAGAAAAAAAUGCACUGGGCAGGUUAAUCAAAAUUUGACAAUUUGGGAGGGAACCGUUUUGUUUUCUGAUGUAUAACACUCAAAGGCGGUUAGUAACGUGUUACAUUUACUCCGUUACAUUAACUUUGGUAACUUUUUGAGAAAAAUUUACUUUAAGAGUAGUUUUACUGAGCCAUACUUUUACUUGAGUAGAUUUGUGAAGAAGAAACGCUACUCUUACACCGCUACUUU